UUCAAUUGAAUGUCCGAUUUCUAGAGAGAUCGGAGUAUAUUUAUUAAUAAACAAUGUAACAACUAGCAUAACGCACCUUAGUACAUGGUCGUAAUACAGAAAUAUUUAAAAUAUGAGUCAAACAUGUACAACAACAACAUCAAGCCUUAUUCAGUAGUUAUUCCCAAAAGAUUUUGGGGAGCUAAUAUGAGUCAAACAUGAGUCAAACAUGUAAAAAGUUAAAAAAAAAAAAACAAAUUAUGCCUUAUAAAUGUUAACAAUGAGAAGAUAACCCAAUUGAGUAUGUAUGGACACUUUCAGAUUCCAGACCAGCAAUGUUAAGAAAGCACAGUUUAGUCCCCGGGAAUCCAACAUGUAAUGCCCGUCUUGUUUUUGGGCUGGGCAAAACAAAGGUUUUGUAUCCAGUUCCUGAUUGAUUCCUACUCUAUUUCGUUGACUACUAGUCUGCAAAUACCCGAUCACCGGUACAGGCUCCGGUCCAAGACCGGUCGGCCGGCCAGUUCGGCAUUUGGUUUAAAGACCGAUCAGGAACUAGGACCGUGUUCGUACCUAUUCAAGAGCAGCAGUAGCAUGACAAUGGCAAUUGUCAAACCAGAACUCAUAGAUGGCAUAACCCAGAUGAAGUUUAUGAUUUAUGAGCAUCUGAUCGGUGUAUUUUUUAGUGAGUAAAACGUAGUUGGCUAAUCCGAAGAAUAACCAGACCACGAGUAUCAUCUCUCAAGGAGUGGCAAAAAGGAAGUUUUAAAUACAGUCCGUGAUCAUAGGUUAGCACAAGUCAUGGUAAUCUUUCCGAAUAAAUAUUUUUUGAGUGGUUUAAAAAUAAAACUAACUAAUAGUGAGUGCAAAAUUAAAUAGAGAAAAAAAAUUAAAUUAAAUUGAUUCAGGAUAUUAAAAACAGGGUUCAAAUUGGAUGGUUCGGGUUCUGGGUGUUCUUUCGGGAUUAGAAUCAAGUAAAUUAAUAUUCAAUUAUUCCUGGACAGAAAAUGAAAUCACUUCUCAUAGACAAGAGCAAAAUCAUAUUAUCACAAUCCUAACUUAUUUCUAAGAUCAGAUUGCUUGUAUAAGAUCCGACCUAAUUUAACUCAAUUUCUCAUAGACAAGAACUGAAUUAAAUCCAGACAUUCAUAUAUGAGGUGAUCAAAUUCAUAUAGACAAUUAUGAUUAAUCUUAUACAAAUUUUCCAGAAGAUUAAUUGAAUUUUAAAGAACUAAAUUCACACCCUCAAGAACCCAUGAACCCUAGUCCCAAUUCAAACCCUAUAUGAAAUUAGCUACUCAUAACUAAAAUUAACAUCACAAAAAUAUUAAUGAGCAUAAUAAACAUGAUAAGAAGCUAGAAAUAGAGAGUGAAUUAUGAGUAUUUGAUGGGAAAAUCUGAGAUUGCUAAUUGGAAACAAAGAAAUUCGAAAUUCAGUCAAAAUUGAAGAACUAAUGCCGUAAAUAACUAAACUUACAAUACUUGAAAUGAAAGCAAAGCGAAGUUCCUUGGUUAUGGAUUACUGCUGCGGCUAAUUGCUACUAAAUGAAUCAGAAAAUAAAAAGUGCGGCUACUUGGUCUUCUGGUUACUACUGCCGGCUGCGGCUAAUUGACGGAUAUCAGGACUUGUCUACGAACAGAAAGAACGAUGAAAAAAACUGCUGGUGCGGCUACGUAAUUUCAGAAGUGGGAGGAAUGAAUGGAGUCCAGGCUGGGCUGCUUACUCCAGGAAAAACCCCAGCUCCUUCUUACUCUCUUUUUGGGCUGCUAUCAAUUAAACAAACUGCUGCUGUCCUUUUUUUUUCAUUUUGGAUUGCACUUAACUUCAAAAACAGUCCUUAAAUGAUCUGGUCCAAACAUAUUUACCGCAAACUCGGCCUGUACAAUAACAACUCACCACACCCGCUAAUAAUAUGUAACUUUACAAUCAAAUUACUCCAAGAAUGUCAAAUUGUGUACAAAAAUACUACACUGAAUAUGAAUGCCACCGGAACCGAAAAAUAACAAAUUUUCACUCAAAACCCCCAAUAGUCACCCGAUUAAUUGUAAAAAUUAGACAAUUAACACCCAAAGCAUAGGUGAAAAGAUAGGAACGGAACGAGCCUAUCAAAUCUCCCCACACUUGAGCGUUGCUUGCCCCCAAGCAACAGUGCAUUAAUCCACGGAAAACAAAAUAAUCACCUAUAACACCUGGUUCAAAAAUCAUUCACACCCAAAACAAAUGAUUGCACAAGGUCUUUUCUUUCUUAACAACGGAACCAAGAUUCACAUGUUAAACAAUAUUUUCAAAAGUAAAAUUCCUCUCCAACCGACUAAAAUGUAGAGAAAAGCAUGAGGGUCCCAACGGUGUAGGUGUGUGAAAUUCAAACCACCAAUCAUUCCAAAAACCCAAGAGUUGUGUGAUGAAAACUGGUAUACUCGUGAUUCUCUCUUUUUUUUUAUAUAUAUGAAAAGUUGACCAGGUUCUGGAUUACAGGACUGAUUCAAGCUCCAGGGCCUGGGAGUUUAUCUCAUUACUGUGUACUCAACUCUCACACGAGGUGAUUCGCGAGAUGAGCAGAGCCCCAUUUCGGGGAUGAAAUUCUCGACACACGAAGUGUAGCCCCAUUACAAGAAUCAGUUACCUGCUUAGCAUGAAGUUAUCCCGAUAUGCUUAGAAAGCAGAGCUCCUUACGGAGUAAGGAUUUUCAACACCUGGCCAGUCAAGCAAUUACUGAGGCAAACUAGUGAAUCAUGAGUAAGACCGAAUUUAAUCAACACAAAUCAAACCAUCCAACAUGCCAACAUCUCCCAAGAAUAUACACACCACCCCGAUGAUUACACCAUUACUUAUCCUUUCCAAGAAAGAUGGAGGAGAUGGAAGUUCACAAAAGAAAAUAAAGAUUAACAAGUUACCUCUGUUGCGUUGCUAAACCAGAAAAGAACUCGUACACCUCAAAAUGUCGUUGGGCAGAAUAAUUUCAUCACCAAAUGCCAUGUCCAAGCUAAAACCAAACCUCCCCACACUUAGGGGUGACAUCGCCCUCGAGGUCAAAGAAAAGAUCAAAACAAAAAUAACAGGGGCAAGUUUAAGAAUAAAAUGAUUUUCAGUCCGGCAGCACAUCAUAAUCAGAAUAAUAAUCAACACAAAUCAACAAGAGGAGUAAUAUGACAGUAAGCACACAUUAUUAGUAGCGUAGUAAGAGCUGGCAGAAUACCGUACAAGCCAAACGGCGGUGAAUAACCUCCCUAAUAAGGCUGAAUUCAGUCUCCUCGAUGCAUACAUGCCGCUGAAUCCUGCACACAGUCUGCCUCGUACGCUACUUGAAGUCCUUCAACUCUUGAGAAAGCGUGGCAAGUGUGCCAUAACUGUGAAUUUCCCAUUUAUGCUGCCAAAGCUUGCUGGUAAACCAAAAGUGAGCUGCUGGAGCUACUCUGCCUGCACCUAUGCCGGUUACCGAACUAAAUAAGUGUAUUGAAAUUGCUUCCCUUCAAUCUGAACCGGAUAAGAGAGUGUGGCAUCCAACUGGUUCCUCCCUCAUGUACUGUGAUGCUUAUGCUGACAGAAAACGGCCAAGGACCAGCUGUUCUGGCCUCAAAAGUCGACAUCUCACACCGUCCAAAAUCUCCCAGAAUCUGCCAGAAAUGUUCCUCUGCUGCUGCCAAGUUUCUGUCCAGCGAAACCCCAACUCCUUGAACAUGUGUAGGCCUCUAACCAUUGCCCUGCAAGUGUUUGAAGUUGCGUCCAGCUCUCAUACCGCUUUCGGGCUUGCUGCAAAGUAAUCUGCAGCUGACAGCCUUGAGGAGCUCCAUCCUCACCUGUCUAUGAUAACCAGGUUGCAUAUGCAAUUCAAAGCAACAAAGAAAUCCAACUGCAACACCACAAGACGAAAUCACAAAAACAAAGGGGGGAAAUGCAAAAACAAGAAAUACUGAACUCCUAAUUCUAUUUUUUUUAUGAUGGGUUGCCUCCCAUAAGCGCUUCUUUAACGUCACUAGCUUGACGAUAAUAUCUCAUUCCUAGUCUGGCUCAAAUGGGCGAGUAGAAGUGGUCUUUACAUGGUCAACGGGAUCAACGUGUAUUUGAAAGUGCCCGCUCAUCCCGUCAAUGAAACAAUAAUAAGCAUGCCCCGCCAAACUCUCAAUCAACUGGUCAAUAAAAGGUAAGGGAAAGUGAUCCUUCCGGGUGGCCUCAUUCAGUUUACGAUAAUCAAUGACCUUCCGCCACCCAGUCACAGUCCUACUAGGUAGGAGUUCCCCCUUCUCGUUCUUAACAACUAUCAUACCCCCUUUCUUGGGGACCACAUGAGUAGGGCUAACCCAUUGGCUAUCUGAAAUCGGGUAAAUUAUACCCACAUCCAGAAGCCUCAGGACUUCAGCCUUUACAACAUCCAUCAUCUUGGGGUUUAAGCGUCGUUGCGGUUGCACGACUGGUUUAUACCCCUCCUCACACUUAAUUUUGUGGGUACAGAAGAUUGGGCUAAUCCCACGAAGAUCCUCAAGCUUACGAGCAAUGACCUGCUCGUGGCACCUAAGGACAUCCAAAAAAAAUUCCUUCUGUCCCGACUCUAACUGAGCUGAAAUUAUGACAGGCCGUUGGCCCUCUGUGUCCAAAAAUGCAUACUCCAGGUGACUAGGGAGUGGUUUGAGUUCAGGAGUAACCUUAUCAGUGGGCUGCUCCUCAAACUCAGUAAGCAACUUAGGGAAAACAUCAUCCCUAAUCACCUGCUCACAAUCAACAGUCAUUUCUUCUUCAUUUUCAGCCACUAUAUCCCCCGCAUAAUGAAUGUCACUAUCCGGUGGGGUAAUAUCACUAUCGCCUCCAAACAAAUAACCCUCCACUGACUCAAACAUAUCAAGAUAAUUGCAUGAUUCAGUGGGGUCUGAGGCCUUACUCAUCACAUCUGAGAGUUUAAAAGUGCACACAUCGUCCCCAACUCUCAGAGAAAGUGAACCAUCAGCAACAUCAACAAGGGCCCUAGCAGUAGCCAAAAAGGGCCUCCCUAAAAUAAGUGGAGUCUCACGAUCUUCCUCCAUGUCCAUGACCACAAAAUCGACAGGGAAUAUGAACUUGUCCACUCGUACUAAUACAUCCUCUAGAAUUCCUUUCGGGUAUUUCACCGAUCGGUCCGCUAGCUGGAGGCUCAUACGAGUGGGCUUAAGUUCACCCAAGCCAAGUUUCAUGACCACAGAGGAAGGCAUCAGGUUGAUGCUAGCUCCUAAAUCAGCUAAAGCAUUAUUAAACAUAAAAUUUUCGAUAGAACAAGGUACAAGAAAACUCCCUGGAUCUUUUCGUUUUGGUGGCAUGGUCCUCAGAACAACCGCUGAACAUUCUGCAUUGAGAUCCACCACUUCUGGCUCUUCCCACCUCCUCUUUUUCGUGAGGAGGUCCUUCAGAAACUUCGCGUACCUCGGCAUCUCUGUCAAUGCUUCCAUGAAUGGCAUAUUGAUAUGGAGCUGUUUUAGAUGCUCCAUAAAUCUGAUCAAGUUCGUGUUAUCAUUGCUCUUCUUCACCCGUGUAGGGAACGGAAGGGGUGGAGUCUUCUUACUCUCCUUUUUCUUCUGAGCUUCUUCAUUCUGGACUUCUUCACUCUUGGCUGGAAUAGGGGCAGCCACUGGUUCUUCUUCAACCUGGGAUUUGGGGCCUUGAAGCUGCUGGUCAUCAUCUUGUUGAGACAUUGGCGGAGUAGAAACUUCUGGAAGUGUUCUCCCGCUUCGUAGCGUAACAGCUUGCACAUGCUCCCUUGGGUUAGGUUCUGUUGAACUCGGAAGGCUGCCCGUUUCUCUAGGAGCAAGUGAACCAAGCUGGCGAAUGAGAGCUUCCAAAUUGCUGAAACGUUGAUACAUAUCAGUCUGAUUUUUGGCUAAUUCAACCACUGUUUUCUCCAACGCCGCAUUUACAGGAGGCUGCUCAAGCUGUCUUUGAUGAGGCGGGAUAUAAGCGGGCUGGUUUGGAUGGCCUCUAAUCUGGAAAUUUCCUUGAAAAUUAGGGGCAUUCCGCUGCCCUUGGUUCUGAUUUUCGGGCCUCCAUAAACCUCCUGCUUGCUGAAAACUUCCCCUCUGGACUUGGUUGUUGAAAAACUGCCCACCUCCUCUCUGGCCUUGACCAUAUUCCAUGAAAUUGACGUUCUGGACCACUGGUGAUGCCUGAUUCUGAACAUAAAGAGGACAGGUGUGAGUGAGGUGAGCUCCCAUGCACAUCUCGCAAGAUAAAGUGAGUUCUUGGCCAGUUGGGCUUGGAUAGCUUGCUCGAACAGGAAGUGGGGCAGAAUACAUAGGAUAAGAGGGCUGAUAUGCCCCAAUAUUAUGAACUUGCUGCUGUUGAGAGUUCUGCGCCUUCAAGUCUUUCACUUCCACUACCAGCCCCUCAAUCUUCACUGUAAGUGCAGUGAUGGGAUCAAGAUUGAGCAAACCGGGUGGAUUUUGAGCUCUCUCUUUACCCGCAUACCAAUACUUGUCAUUUGAAGCCAAGUUUUCAAUUAUUUGCUCUUCUGCCUGUGGGGAUAAUUUCAGAAACAUACCCCCUUGAGAUGCCCGGUCUAGCUCUCUCAUAUACUCCAAUCGAAGCCCAUUAUAAAAUCUGCACAUAAUAGUUGCUGCAUUCAUGAAUGUUUCAGGGCACUUCCUUUUCAACGCCUUCAGCCUAUCCCAUGCUUCACUGAAAGAUUCGGUCGGAGCUUGAGUGAAAUUGAGAAUUUCCGUCUGAACCUUGAUAGCGGCAGAGGGAGGAAAAUACUCCUGCAUAAAUGCUUGAUGAAGCUUCUCCCAUGUAUCAAAGUGCCCGUUUGGAAAGCUACGGAGCCACCGUGAUGCCUUGUCUCUCAAAGAGAAUGGGAAUAAAGUCAACCUCACUGCCUCGCUGGAUACCCCGUUAUAUUUGAACGUGGCACAAGUCUGAAUAAAGCUCUCAAUAUGAUCCAUUGGAUCUUCAUGGGCGUAUCCACAAAAUGGAUUAUUAGCAAGCAUCUGAAUCAUGGCCGGCUUGAUUUCAAAAUUGUUGGCCUCAAUGGUGGGUGCCCCAAUGCUAUUUCUCGCCACAUAAUUAGGCGUCAACGUCUCCAGAGUUGUCUGAUCGGCCAUCUUGUCCAAGUGUUCUAGCAAUCUCCUUUUAGCUCGUCCUCGGAAUAAGCGUUCAGGAUUAGAAUAACCUGCAAUUAAAUCUUGUUCCUCCGAGGAGCGAGUGUGCAUGCACUGGUUCCUGCAACUUAGUUCACGUGCAAAGAACACAAAAAACGACACACAAAUAACAGGAAAAAAAUAGAAAGUCUCACCGACUUGCUUUUACCUAUUCCACAGAAAAGUACUUAACAAACAACCGUGCCACUCCCCGGCAACGGCGCCAUUUGAUCGGUGUAUUUUUUAGUGAGUAAAACGUAGUUGGCUAAUCCGAAGAAUAACCAGACCACGAGUAUCGUCUCUCAAGGAGUGGCAAAAAGGAAGUUUUAAAUACAGUCCGUGAUCAUAGGUUAGCACAAGUCAUGGUAAUCUUUCCGAAUAAAUAUUUUUUGAGUGGUUUAAAAAUAAAACUAACUAAUAGUGAGUGCAAAAUUAAAUAGAGAAAAAAAAUUAAAUUAAAUUGAUUCAGGAUAUUAAAAACAGGGUUCAAAUUGGAUGGUUCGGGUUCUGGGUGUUCUUUCGGGAUUAGAAUCAAGUAAAUUAAUAUUCAAUUAUUCCUGGACAGAAAAUGAAAUCACUUCUCAUAGACAAGAGCAAAAUCAUAUUAUCACAAUCCUAACUUAUUUCUAAGAUCAGAUUGCUUGUAUAAGAUCCGACCUAAUUUAACUCAAUUUCUCAUAGACAAGAACUGAAUUAAAUCCAGACAUUCAUAUAUGAGGUGAUCAAAUUCAUAUAGACAAUUAUGAUUAAUCUUAUACAAAUUUUCCAGAAGAUUAAUUGAAUUUUAAAGAACUAAAUUCACACCCUCAAGAACCCAUGAACCCUAGUCCCAAUUCAAACCCUAUAUGAAAUUAGCUACUCAUAACUAAAAUUAACAUCACAAAAAUAUUAAUGAGCAUAAUAAACAUGAUAAGAAGCUAGAAAUAGAGAGUGAAUUAUGAGUAUUUGAUGGGAAAAUCUGAGAUUGCUAAUUGGAAACAAAGAAAUUCGAAAUUCAGUCAAAAUUGAAGAACUAAUGCCGUAAAUAACUAAACUUACAAUACUUGAAAUGAAAGCAAAGCGAAGUUCCUUGGUUAUGGAUUACUGCUGCGGCUAAUUGCUACUAAAUGAAUCAGAAAAUAAAAAGUGCGGCUACUUGGUCUUCUGGUUACUACUGCCGGCUGCGGCUAAUUGACGGAUAUCAGGACUUGUCUACGAACAGAAAGAACGAUGAAAAAAACUGCUGGUGCGGCUAAGUAAUUUCAGAAGUGGGAGGAAUGAAUGGAGUCCAGGCUGGGCUGCUUACUCCAGGAAAAACCCCAGCUCCUUCUUACUCUCUUUUUGGGCUGCUAUCAAUUAAACAAACUGCUGCUGUCCUUUUUUUUUCAUUUUGGAUUGCACUUAACUUCAAAAACAGUCCUUAAAUGAUCUGGUUCAAACAUAUUUACCGCAAACUCGGCCUGUACAAUAACAACUCACCACACCCGCUAAUAAUAUGUAACUUUACAAUCAAAUUACUCCAAGAAUGUCAAAUUGUGUACAAAAAUACUACACUGAAUAUGAAUGCCACCGGAACCGAAAAAUAACAAAUUUUCACUCAAAACCCCCAAUAGUCACCCGAUUAAUUGUAAAAAUUAGACAAUUAACACCCAAAGCAUAGGUGAAAAGAUAGGAACGGAACGAGCCUAUCA